CGGGAGGAGCGGAGCCGGGGCAGAGCAGGCCGGGGCCUAGAGGCGGCGGCGGGGCCGGCCUCGAUUUUCCUCCCGGAGGGUGUGGGGGUGGUUGCCGUGGCAACGCGGGGCGCAGGCGGGCGGGCGGCGGCCGCCAUGGGCAGCUGGGCCGCGGCGGUGAGGACAAGAUGGCGGCUUGGUGGUUGCAGCGGGCGCGGCGGCCUCCCCGGCGUUGUACCGCGGCGACGGGGCAGCUCCCGCCCCGGCGGUGGGGACCGGGCGUCGGCGGCGACCCUGAGAGACCUCCUGCAGAGCUCGGUGGAGGGCGAGGAGUCGGGCGAGGCGGCGGUGGAGGCGGAGGGGGAAGCGAAGCGGGAGCGGCGUUCCCCCCGGGAGGGCACGGUGCUGCUUUUCCCCGGGCAGGGCAGCCAGUUCGUGGGGAUGGGCCGCGGGUUGCUGCGGUAUCCCGGCGUGCGGGACAUGUACCGCCUGGCCGAGAAGGUGUUGGGCUACGACCUCCUUUCCCUCUGCCUAGAGGGGCCGCGGGGCGAGCUGGACCGCACCCGGCAUUGCCAGCCCGCCGUGUUCGUCGCCUCCCUGGCCGCCGUGGAGAAGCUCAACCACCAGCGGCCUGAAGUGGUGGAGAGCUGCGUGGCGGCGGCCGGGUACAGCGUGGGGGAGUUCGCGGCGCUGGUCUUCGCUGGAGCCUUGGACUUUGCCGAAGCGCUGUACGCGGUGAAGGUGCGUGCUGAGGCCAUGCAGCAGGCGUCGGAAGCCGUCCCCAGCGGAAUGCUGUCGGUGAUCGGUCGGCGAGAGACAAAUUACAAAUUGGCCUGCUCGGAAGCCCGUAAACACUGCGAAUCGCUGGGCAUUGAGAACCCCGUGUGUGAAAUUUCAAACUACUUGUUUCCAGACAGCAGAGUCAUUGCAGGACACUUGCAGGCUUUGGAGUUUUUGCAGAAGAAUGCCCGAAAAUACUAUUUUACACGUACGAGCAUGCUUCCAGUCAGCGGGGCUUUUCACACCAGACUUAUGGCACCAGCAGUAGAACCCUUGGCUGAAGUCUUAAAAUCCAUUGAGAUUCAGAAGCCACUGCUCUGCGUCUACUCCAAUGUUGAUGGCAAAAAGUACAUGCACUCAAAGCACGUUGAGAAGCUGCUGGUGAAGCAGGUGGUGUCACCAGUUCUGUGGGAGCAGACCAUGCAUUCUGUGUAUGAAAGAAAGCAAGGAACAGAAUUUCCUUACACCUACGAAGUGGGGCCUGGGAAGCAGCUGGGAGCCAUUCUCAAAAAAUGUAAUUUAAAGGCCUGGAAACAAUAUAACCACGUAGAUGCCCUGGAAGAUGAGGAAGCAGCGGGGACCUAAAGUAGCCUUUUGAGAAAAAUCCACGCAACUUGUUUUUUUCUGCCUGAUUUGAAAAUAACUUUGUGCUCCUGAAAGAGGAAGUUUUAAACAUUUAUGGCUUCUUAUGAUGAAAAGAGCACCGUGCGCGCAAUCGCAGUGGACGUUUUCCUUCCCCGUGUGCCUCAGGUGGGGACGGGGAGAGCAAAGUCUGGCUCUUCCAUCUGUGUCGGGACUGCAAAACAGCCAAUAAAUACACCAAAUAGCCUUCUGUUUGGCCUCAAUCCUGCAAGCAA